CUGGAAAAUUCUACAGUACUGGGGUGUAUCCCAUACUGUUUGUUUGAUGAAUAUUUGUGACCGUCAGAUCCACAAUAUAUCCAAUGGUCGUGGAUAUUCGAAUCAAGUUAACCUAUUUAGCCGGUAACUGGUUCAUAUGAUAUGCCUCUCUCUCUCUCUGCGUGACUCUGCCUCCCCACUGCUCAUCCAGUCGUCUUCACUCUUCAGCCUCCAGCCCACGGGUUCUCUCUGUGCGGCAAAGACCCUCUCCGUCUCAGCGUGUCUCCUCGAUCGUUGAGGCGUCGAUGGCCGUUUCUACACUCGAUGGUGACGAACUAACGGUGGUAACUCGGCUCUUACUUUUCAAUCGAUCUGUAUCACAUGAACAUCUCGACUACUUUCUGGGGGGUACCGUAGCCUGUCUCGUCUUUCUUGAUGACAAUGAACUUAGGAGAGGGGAAAAUAUAACUGUGGAACUGGCGCGGGCAAUCCAAGGAUCGAGGAUCUCUGUAAUUGUCUUCUCGAGGUGGUAUGCGGAUUCUAGUUGGUGUCUUGAGGAGCUGGUAAAGAUCAUGGAGUGUAGAAGCACACUGGGGCAAAUAGUCUUCCCAGUGUUCUUUGAUGUUGAUCCUUCAGAUGUCAGGAAACAGAGUGGUACUUUUGCAGAGGCACUUGAUCAGAAACAUAAAGAUAUAGAUGAAGAUAAGGUGCAAAGUUGGAAAGCUGCUCUCACAGAAGCUGCAGAUUUGUCUGGCUGGAAUCUUCAAAACACUUCCGAUGGAAAAAGAAGGUUUCUCUACUAAUGGCGGCUGCAACUGUUCUCAUUGAAGUAGUCUCACAAAUUUUAGGUUAGUCUUGAAAUUAAGGUGUGGACUGUGUUGAUACUAAUUGAGUCUCACUUUCGGCAUGUCUGCAUCAGGUCAGGCUGAAGAGAUACAUGGGGAUGAGGGAAGCUCAUACCAUGAUGGAGGGCCUUGGAGGAGAUUAUGUGCUUUGCCAGCAUUUUGGCUUAAUUAUGGAGCAAUCUUUGGGAUGAAGUGUUCUGCAUUAAGACUUGAAAUUAAGACCUUGAACACAUCUGGUUUUGAACAAAUAUAUCUUAGAAGGAAACUAAUUCUUGGAGAACCCUUGAUGGUCUGUCUCCUAUUAAGGUAUUUCAGGAGAACACUGUUUGCUGCAGCCAAAUCAGAAGUUUCUGGUGUUGCAUCUAUGGCUCGGACGAUGACCCACCCGCUCGAGGAGUUCUUUGAAUUAGUAGAUAGAAAGCCUGAUAAAGAAAAGGCAGUUGUAUAUGGUACAUGCUUUUUGUUUCCGUUGUUUUCUGUUAUUAAGUGCAUUUAUGAAUUGGGGGUAUUGGAUUGUAAACUUUGUGGUGAGGAUCAAUUGAAGAAAUUUAAAGUGCAAAGCAGAGGUUAAUUAGUUUUGCUUUUCACGUAGCGUGUGAAUGCAAACUUUUUGAUGGCUCGCAUUUGGAUUUAA